CAAACCUGCCCCCCAUGCUGUGAACCUAAGGUCGCCCGGGGCGGGGGGACGGGCAGGAAGGGGGGACACCCCCCGCCGGCCCGGGGUCAGGAGGAGGGGGAGGCCGCAUCUGCAGCCCUGGAGUUGCCCCGACCUCGGCAACAUCCUGCCCUCCCCGUGGUCCCUGGCAGAAGAGAUGCCCUCCCUCCAUCUUGCCAAGUAGUGCCUGCCCAGCGCCUGGCUCGGUGCCAUUGUCAGGUUUGGGUCUGCUCCGAAGCCAGCUCCAAACAAGAGCGCAGCCCCCUAGCUGAGAUGCCUUUUUUCCGAGAUGCCCAGGUGACAUUCGCCUGGCUGAUUCUGUAACUUCCCCGAACUUGUGCUCCCUGACUCUGGACUUCCUGCCUGGGCAGAGAGGGCAAUGGUGCCCGUUUCCAGGACUCUUUUCUCCUUCAGUGUGAAUGGCAGCGAGAAGCCAUUUGAGGAGACAGCCUGGAGAAAGAGCACUGGUGCCUUGUUGACAUCCUGGAACUUAGGAAAAAGACGAGAUCUGCUCUUAGGGGAUAAUGCUAAGGGACACUAUGAAGUCUUGGAGUGAUAGCCAGUCAGACCUCUGCAGCAGUGACCAAGAAGAGGAGGAAGAGAUGAUUUUUGGUGAAAAUGAGGAUGAUUUGGAAGAGAUGAUGGAUUUAAGUGAUCUGCCUACCUCACUUUUUGCAUGUUGUGUACAUGAAACUGUGUUUGAGGUGCAAGAGCAGAAGGAGAGAUUUGAAGCACUUUUUACAAUCUAUGAUGACCAAGUUACAUUUCAGUUAUUUAAAAGCUUUAGAAGAGUCAGAAUAAAUUUCAGCAAACCUGAAGCAGCGGCAAGAGCCCGAAUAGAACUCCACGAGACAGACUUCGAUGGGAAGAAGCUGAAACUCUAUUUUGCACAGGUCCAGAUGACUAGCGAGCCAGGAGACAAAGCGUAUCUGCUCCCCCCGCAGCCCGUCAAGCAGUUCCUGAUCUCCCCGCCGGCCUCUCCUCCUGUGGGGUGGAAGCAGGGUGAAGACGCAAUGCCCGUCAUAAACUACGACUUACUUUGUGCUGUUUCCAAGCUGGGUCCUGGAGAGAAAUACGAGCUUCACGCCGGGACGGAGUCCACCCCGAGCGUGGUUGUUCACGUCUGUGAGAGCGAGACGGAGGAGGAGGAAGAAACAAAGAAUCCCAAACAGAAAAUCACCCCGACCCGGCGUCCCGAAGCGCCUUCGACGGCCCGAAGCGACCCCCCGGCUUUCGGCUGUGCGCUGUGAAGGCAGCGGCGCCAGGAGGGACCUCACAUGGUCGUGGUCACGAAGAGCAGCUUCCUGCCCCCUGCUGCUGGCCCGGGUCAGUCAGAGUGUCAGGGGACGGACCUGCUGUGCUCAGCAGUCCUGUGCUGUUCUGAAAGUCGUGUCCAAGGUGACAGCAGAUUUCACUGGUGAUUGUCUUUCAUGUUCAGAAUUUUAGAUGAUAUUCUCAACAGCACUUUAAUUUAAAGGAUAGUACUGCCCCCCAGUGUAGCAUCUCUGACAUAUUUUACUAGUGGAAAAUUAGGAAGGUGGUUUUAUUUUUUCCAGCAAUGUUAACUUCUCUAAUAUCAUGUAGCAUGGGGUACCAAAAACUGGAACUAUAUUCACCAGUACAGUACCAUUUUAUGGAUUUAAAAAUAUAGUCUCUAGUGUAACAGUUCAGCGUGGGUAUUUUUGUACUGAUAUACUAGCUUCUAAUUAAUAUAUUGAUCAAAUGUUAAUGCUAUUCAGUAUAUACUAACAUUUUUGCACGGCUAGAAGUCUAAUGUCUAGGAGAAUUAAUAGAAAAUGAAUCGGCCCAUUUCAAAGUAUUUUUUCUUCAACUUUUUGGAAAGAAAUGCCGAAUUCACCUUGAUUGAUGAAAACUUUGGCAUCUUUCCAUGUGCAUACUGUAGUUCUCUACCCUUAACAGAAAGUCUGGAGGGAAGAGAUACACAGAACCCCCUUCCUGAAGCCUAUGCCUUCUUAGAGGCUAGCUCCCUGCGGGACACCUUGCCAGUAGGCAUGAUUGACUGUGGUGUCAGAUGGCUAAUCAUAGAUUGCCAUUUGCAACUAACCGUGUUCCUGUCUAGAGUAAAAACAUGUUUUUAGCCGUUCAGUGUUAGUCUAUUAACUUCUCUACUGUUGUUCCACUGGUCCUUGAGGGUGUUUGUUUUGUUACGUGUGUUUGGUUAUGUCUGUCCCAUAAUCCAGAGAAAAAGAGAUGAUCGAUUUUCUGAAGGUGGCUUGUAAUUUGAAAAUAAGUCUAUAUGCGCUCAGUUUUCUGUUUCUAAGAGUGGUGGGGUAGAAAGAAAUUGGUUGACUCAUCACAUUUGCUUUGGGGAUGAAGCGUGCCUGCUUGUGUUCACUAAAGCACAGGACGGCUUGUCCAUUGUGCACAGGAUCCUUCUGAGAGGGAAAGCACCUUUAAAAGUGCCCCUCAGUGGGCUCCAGAUAUUUCUGGUACCUGUUCUAAUGACAGCAAGGUAGAUUUCUGUGGGCUUAUGUUUCACUGCAGAUACUUUGUUUUUUAAUCUUCCAAAUGUCCCUGGUCCUUCCACAUUCUGAAAUCUUCCUAGUUACAUGGACACACACACACACACACACACACACACACACAUACUUAUACAUAUAUUCACAUAUCUGCUUCUGGAAUCUAUCACUGAUAAAUUCUAAUGUAAAUUUAGUAGAAGAAUGAUUAAUCAGCGACUUCUUCAGUUCUGAUCAGCAUUUGGCAGCUUAUUUGACAACCACUUAAUGAGUUCACUUCAUAAAUCUGAAUUCAGGACUGCCAGUUAUCUUCUUGCCCAGCUGGCCCCAGGUUAGAGCUGCAGAAUGAGUCCUCUCAGUAAGGAAACGGCUCGAGAACACAUUCAGGCUCCUCACAAGGAGCCGUGGUCUGUCAUGACUUUCCCAGCAGCCACAAUCCACGAAUUUUCAUUCCACUCCCUCUUCACCUGCCAGUUAGGACUCAUCCCAUCAGUGAGACAGGAAGCUCUUUGAAGGAGGCAGCCAAGCUGCCUCCUUCCCCCCUUUUUUUGAGAAUGUUGGAUGAGUUGAAAAAUCUUUUUAGAGAGUGAAUUCUUUUUAAACAAACUACCAAUAAAGCUUUGAGGAAAGGAGUCAGCUUGGCCCACACUUGGAAAGGACAUUGGGCAGAGAAUCCAAAUGCUGAAUCCUGGUCCCAUCACAGAGAUCCAUUGUGUCACCUGAGGCAAAUGUUGCUUCCUGAGGCCUCUUAUUUCCUCAUCUAUAAAAUGAAGGGUGUCUAGCUAAAGCUCUCGAAGGCCUCUCCCAAUGCUGGCAUUCUGUGUUUUUUGUGAGGGUGGCACAUGGACAAUUCCAGUGCCCAGUUUUCACCAGGUGAAUGUUUAAGUAAAAAUUAUCCACACCUUUUGGUUUUUCAUUAUUAGAAUCACUUUGGAACCUGAUGGGUCUUGUAGCUUCUGCCUUUGGGGCAAUUAGGCAUCCUGCUCACUUAACUAUCUUGAAGAAUGAAGAACUCUCCUAUGUACCACUUUUUUCUUUUACCAAAUUCUUGCAGUGUUUUUGCUAUUGAAAUUGUAUUGUUGUAAACCAAGUUAACAUUUGUACCCAAGUCUGAAUAACUGUAAUGGCCAUGUUUUCUCUGGAGUUUAUAACCUUUAUUUGAGCAAGCAGCUCAUUUAGAGCAUUUUGGGAAAGCAAAAGGUGCCUUGUGUUAGGGGGAGAGGGGAGGAGAGAGGGAAGAUGAUUGAUGUGAAUACAAAGACUAGAGUGGUCAAGAAGGAAGCUGCCCUUUCUGCCCCCUUUGGUUCAUUCCAUGGGCGACAAAGACUCUCUCCUGGCGUGGCGGAUUCAGUUGAGGAGGACAAGAGCUUCUGUAGGGCUUCUGAGAAAAGGGUGAAUAACCUUGUGAAUGAGAAUUGUGGGUGUUGAAGGAGUGUGUUCAUGGAGACAGUAGAGGUUUUACAGGACCCAGAGGCCUCAUGUCCCUUUGUACUCCAGGGAUUUGCCUUUGCUUCCCUGAAGGCGAGCUCAUGCCAGUUGUGCCAUAGAGACAGAAUGCCCACAGAACCUCAGAACUGCUGCUUAGCACCGAGGAUGCAUUCCAGAAAGCAGGGCACAAAAUUACCUAAUUUCUUCCAAAGAGUACUUGAAAUUUCCCCUGUAUAAAGCACCACAAGAGGAAAAAAUGAAACCUGGUACUCUUGAGACCACUGAAGGACUAUGUGAGAACUCCCUCUGCAACCCCAGAGAGAAGUCAGUUUGCAGGUGCAGUCUUCUCCGUCCUUGGCUAUUGUGUUUUUAAAUCAUAAACCAGCACUGAUGCUUUGUGGGUUUUUUAAUGUUCUAAUUCAGUCCAAUGGAGCAUAAUGGGAGUCUGUUUAAAUAUUGUCAUCUCAGUAGUCAGCCACUCCAGCAGGAUGCAUUGGUCUUUUCAGAAAAAAAUUGUAGUGAGAUUUUAAGGUAAAUGUUAUGCUUAAAACCUGUGUCUAAUGUGAUAGAAUAAGACCCUGAAACCAUUUGGAAGUCUCUCCAGCGCAUAUCUUACAGCAGACUGAGACUUCAACUUCAUGCUUUGGAGGGGAAGGAGAAGGAUGACUUGGGGGUGAAGCCUCACUUUAAAGGGGAACCGUGAUGGAUGAUAAAGCAAGAGCCCAUUUGGGAUUGAGUAUGUGUUUGAGGCUGCCCAGCAUCCCUUGGCCUUGUUAGAUUGUGGCUUUACUGACAAAGGAGAGUUACCAGCAUACAAAAGCAGGAGGAAAUCUAACAUCCCCCAUGAUCUCCCGGUGCUGUUGUUCAGUUUGCUUUUCUUUCUUCUCUAGAGUUGUGCUCCUUAUGUUGUAUGACAUGAAUUAAACUUCUAUAAACCACUUUUUUUUCCUGCUUUGUAUAGCCCCACCUUCUGGGAGCACAUUUUGCAUUUAAUUUUCUAGUACUGAAAAUCCAAAUUUACAUUGACCAUGACAAGGGAAGGGAAUGGAAGUUUGGGCAGCCAUUUGCUUCUUAUCUAGAGAAGUCUGUCUGUGUAAUAAUAAACAUUCACCAAGUAUUCAUUGAAUGAAUGAAAAUAAGACUUUCAGAUUUGGCCCAGUGUUUGAAUAUGUUGACUCAAUAGCAUAACUCCCUUUUUCUGCAUGAUGUUUGCAACAUGCAUUAGGCACUUUCUGCAGGGAGAACCAUUGUUUUGCUUAUUGAAAACAUGUUUUAGAUGCCCAGGAGGCCUUUGUUAUAACUGGCAUACAUUAAAGCCAACUGAAAAACAGUAAUCAUUAGACUGAUUGAUCAAAAAGGUUAUUAGCACCAAUAUCAUUUGGAGUCAAAACUGUCCCCAGAAUUGGAAAGGCCUUUCCUGCUGAGUGAGGGGUCCUCAGAUGGUGAAAACUACAACGUUUCCUGACCCUCUGCUGUCUUAAGCCCCUGGAAUUUGAGCUCUUCUAGCCCUGCAGCUUUCCUUCUGGAAUCAAAUGAGAUAGUAUUUGUAAAGCGCUUAGCACAGUGCCUGGCACACAGUAGGCACUAUAUAAAUGCUUAUUUCCUUCUCUCCCCUCUCCUGCUUCUUGAAGCAGAAUCAUGGGCCCAGGGAGUUCCUGUACUCCUUGGAGGAUCUUUUCCCAAAUGUACAUCCUCAUUAUGAUGAAAGGCCUGCCUGUUCACAUGGUGGGGUCUUCCCUAUUGUUUUACUCAUUUAAAGUCCCCUAUGGCCAUGAUUUGGGAAUGAGACAAAGGGUAAAUAAAGGCAGUCACCUUGUCAUUGUGCCAUGUGAUUUCUCUGUUACUCUUUCUGCAGUUUUUCAAAACCAGAAAGAGUGUUUACAGGAUGUACUGACGUCCAUUUCAGCUGCCAGUCCUGUCCUAAGAUGGCACCCGUAAGAAGAGAGGCCUCUGUAGACUGUUUUGUCUAACUCCCAGCUCACCCUUUUACACGCGACUGCUCAGACCCCCUGCUUGGUGUGUUGAGUCAUUGUUUUCCCUGAUUCAGGCUUUGAGUGUGUGUUGUGUUUUAGAGGUCCUCCCUCCCUCUACGAUCCUGGGAGGUGUGUCGUAUGUCAUUAAUGUUUCACUGUAGUCAGGCUUGUGCGUUAUCAGCAACUGUGGAGUAUGCUGUGCUGCAAGGACAUACGUGUACCUUGCGCUGUAAAGGUAGCAGAAGCAGAAUGUAAUCCUUUUGGAAGUUUAUUGAUUCCUGCCAAGAAAUUUUUGUUUUUCAAAACUGUAAGAAAUAAAGUUAAUUUUUUUAAAAUAACACAA